UUCUUGCUGCAGUGCUAUUUGUACUCUGUUUUCUUCUAAUCUUGAGCUCUUUUCUCACACCCUCUCUGUUCUUCUGAUUCUGGUUCUUGUACACGACAAGUAUCUGCGUAUACCUGUGUAUUUAGAUUUAGAUUGGAAAAAGAAGAAACAAAAGAUCAACUAUUUUUCUUUGUUUUUUUGCUAAUUUCUCUAAUUGGUUUUGGACUCAUAAACAAUGGGUUCACGCUUAUACUUUUGAAAGCAAGGGGAUUUUCAUGUUAAUGGGGAGCUUGAUGAUGGAAGAGAAGCAAUUAGAUUUCAACCGCCCGCUUAUAUCAGUUAGACGUCCUGCACAAACUUCAGAAUCUGAGAGCAAAACAAGAUCUUAUGAUUCAGUAACCAACAAGGUUCUUCCUUCUCUACCUGUUUACAAGUCUGAUAUUAAGUCAGGUCCUGUGAGAAUUCCAGGAACUGUUCCUUUCCAAUGGGAACAUAUGCCCGGAAAGCCUAAAGACGAAAGCAAACCGGUUUUACUAAGUACUGUGGAGCCACAUUUUGUGCCAAAGCUUCCUCCUGGUAGAAAGCGAAUAGAGUUAGGGACGAAACCUGAAACUAGAGCUGAUCACCAGACCAAAGCUGCUAGUAAUAAUGUAUCAUCAUCAUCAUCAUCUUCGGAUAAAUAUCAUGUGGAGGAUGCAAAGAGUUAUAGUUCUCGGUAUGAUGAUUAUGAUAGUGAUGGUACCUAUCUUGAUGCAACUGAUACACUUUCAAGAUCUGAGUCAUUCUUCUACAACUGUAGUAAUGUUAGUGGUGUGAGUGGUUUGGAUGGUUCAGGGAUUCUAGUUGAGCCAUUUGGUACUCUAUCCAGUGAUAGACAAACUCAGGAUCUAAUGAUGGGGAGAUUCUUGCCUGCAGCUAAAGCCUUGACUUCAGAAACACCUCCACAUCUUGCUAGAAAACCGCCUAAACCAGAAGAACCGGCCAAACAGUUGAUGAAGAAGGCAGUACUGGUGAAGGAGAAACAGAACAAAGUUGAGCAAAAUCCAUAUCGAUUCCAUCAUUCGGUUGAUCAAGAAGAGGAGGAAGAUGAAAAUACAAGCAGCAUGGCUUCUGGUGUAUGUGGAUUAGUCCCUCAACUCUGCUUGAGAAGCUCUUUAGGACUGUUGAAUCCGAUUCCAUCAGUAAGAAUGCAGGCACAAAAGGCUGUUUCUGUUCGUCGUAUGCGUUCUAAGUAUCAAGAUCCUGCACCUUCUAAUGAAAGUCAGAACAAGCAAAUCAAUGAAGAUAAGAGAAAGUUGAAGCUAAAUGGAUCAGUUGUACAAGUGCCUUCUCAAGGAGAGACAUUCUCAGUAUCUUCUAUUCCACAAGGAAAGGAAAAACCUGAGAACUUUGACACCGCUUCACGCGCUAAAGUUAGCAAAAACUUUGGUGAGCUCUUGGCUAGUGAUGAUAAUACAUGGGAACCUUCAUCCGAGACUCCUGUGGCAGAGAAAACUCUGUAUGUAGACACUGUGCAUUCCGUUUCUAAGAAAGUACAAGAAGAGACCAAGAAGCAAUCUUUACCAAAAGAGUAUCCUUCACUAGACAUUGUUCCUGUUAAAGAUGUUCAGAACUUGAUUGAAGUAGAUGAAAAAGCUGUUAUCACACAGCCUAAAAGCACAGAGGAAAUGAAUGAUGACAAAGAUGAGGAUUUCACUAAAUUCUCAAGUCAAAAAGUUGAAGAAUGUCUUGAUCAAGCUAUUGUUGCACUGCCAGAAUCCAAUGUGGUAGAGAUUACAAAGGAGAAGAUUGAUCUUGAAAACCAGCUGCAGGGAAUCACAACAAAUUCAAGGCUUCAUCAUCGGUCAUCUUAUCACAUUGUUCCUCCACCACCGUUACCAAAAGCUCCUUCAGAUUCUUGGCUAAAGCGUACAUUACCAACAAUCCCGCCGAAGACCAACUCGUUCGCAUGGUUACAGUCUCUUGGCGAUGAUGAUCACUUCACCAAGGUUCAAACGAAUCCAAAGUGGGAAACUAUGGUCAAAACGUCCAAUACACAACAAGGGUUUGUGUGUUUCUCCAAGGAAACACUCAACACUAUACCAGAGGCAUAGCAAAGGCCAAAAUACAUUCUCACUGGAGGUAAUGAAGAAACUGUAAAUUUUUCAAAUCAAAUUACAUGUAAAUCUCAACAAUAAAGAAAGGGGAUGGUCAAUAAAGUUUUUUUUUUUUUUUUUUUUCUUGAAAUAUUUGUGUAAAUCUAAAUCAAAAGGUUGCAUGAUAAAGAGAAAAGCUUUGGAAAUAUAAUUGUCUGUCACUACUUGUUGGGGGGUUUCUUGUCGAAGUGAUGUACAGCUCAUGUUAACAGAGAUUUUAUGGCAAUAAUACUCCAUAAUUCCACGUGACA